AUGAGGAACGAUAGAAUCACAGAGUAUUAUCAAAACGCGUGGGAAUUCGGUUACCGCGAUUUUCAAGAUAUUCCAUUACACCGGCUUUCGAAAGAAAAAGACUGGAUUUGCAAACAUUGCGGUGCUAAAUUUUGGGUCACCAAAUUGUUCAGAAAGACCACGAGCAUGGAACAAUGUUGUGGGUUAGCGAAACGGGUUUUGGCAGAAACUAAUUUGUUCAGAAAACCUCGUGAUCCUCAAAUACUUUCCCAAUAUUAUUCAUCUUUGCAACUGUUCAUCGGCACUGGACGUUCGCUGGUCUGGGUCUGGGACAGCCGUCCUGCCGACAAAGCAGCGGUCGUCGAUAGGCAAGUUCGGUUUAUGGCGUCAACGCAUGUAGCUGGUCUACAUAAUUUGAAUGAGGCUUAUCUCUAUUUCAUGGAUGUGAGUGAGGAGGUUGUAAAUGCUAGAACCAAUUUGUCGACUGUUUCGACCAAGUUAGAGAUUUCAAUUGUUAGGAUGCUGGAAAAUUAUCUGCGAGCCGAAAAUGUUCUCAUGCGUAUUUUUAAAAACGCUGGAGACAUUUACGAGGAGGAGAAACUGAAGGCUGCGGCGGAAAGUAGGGAGGUUCUUGAGGUUAUCUUAUGUGUUAACCUUCGUGACAAAGAGGAUGAGGACGGUAGUCGUUUUGAAUUUCAAAGACGUAAGGGUGCGGCGGCCAAGUGUGGAAUGCAGUAUCCUCGCAACGAAACCGUUGCCGGAGUAUAUCUAGGCGAUAGACCGCUAUGUUACUAUGAUGUCAAGUUCGCUGUGAAGCCAUUGCAGGAAGAUACGGCUCUCCCGUAUAGGGAGGUCAACGUCUUGAGGUGUACUUUAGACCUCAUGCUUCAUCCACUCAUCCAUCUUCACGGAGAGUAUUCAUUUCAGCAAAAUAACCGAGAUCCAGUCAAUUCCUUACGCGAGUAUUAUUGUCACGUAGGGAAGUUACGCCUGCAGUAUCUUGUGGAUGCGGGCGUGAAAAUUGAGUAUAAUAAUGUGAGUUGGGCGAUAGGCAAUCAGAGGCACAUGCGCGCAGAAACCUAUGCCAAUCUGAGAGACUUUUUGUUAAAAGAAGUAGCAAGGAGAGGUUUGGGAGAUUCGGUGCAGCUUCAACCGGUCGGUAAAAUCAUCGUAUUACCGCCCACCAUUCCAGGUUCUCGUAGGUAUUAUUUCAACGGGUACAUGGAUUGCAUGGGCGUUUGUAGGAAAUUGGGUAGGUCUCCAACCUAUUUUCUUACAUUCACUGCGAAUCGGCAAUGGUCAGAAGUUACCGAGGAACUCCGUCGGCUCGGUAAAGGAACGGAUGACAUUGCCAAUUUUCCCGAUAUUUUGUGUCGGAUUUUUGAACAAAAGUUGGACAGUCUUAUGCGAGACUUGCUCCAACGUCAAAUUCUUGGGAAGAUUGAGGCAUAUGUGGUCAGGAUUGAAUUUCAGAUGCGCCGUGCCCCUCACGCGCACAUUCUUUUGUUCGUAAUGGAACAGGAUGUUCCCGAUUCUGCGGAGGAUUUGGAUAGGGUGAUUUGGGCCCGUUGGCCCGUACAAUCUGAUGGCGCCGGAUACUAA